AUGUGUCGAACUGGAAGUCAACUCUUGGAGUUAGAAUUUUUCUUGUAUUUUAAUAUUUCAUCGCCAGCUCUGGUGACAAUUGGCACCGGAAUCACAGCUUAUUCCAUUGAAUCUCUCUAUCCAUACCCUCCCGGCGCCCAUCCCUUAAUCAUAUAUUGGGAUAACAGAAAUGUGGCGAAUGAGGGAGUCUUAAGCGCAGCUUUUCAAUUAAAAAUGUGUUGUCAAACCCGAGCCCACGCGCGCCACACAUACAAUACCCCCUCCCGUAUCCUCUUCUCGGCGUUUGUUUCAAAUCUGGAAAAGUUGAUAUCAAAGAACUAUUUUCUGAAUCUGUCGGCAAAGGAGGCCUAUAAGGCGUUUGUGAGGGCUUACGACUCGCACUCAUUGAAGCAUAUAUUCGAUGUGAAUCGUCUGGAUUUGGUGGCUGUGGCCAAGAGUUUCGGGUUCGGUGUCCCGCCAUUUGUUGACUUACCGGUCAGCGGUAAGAACCCGUCCCGAACCCAAUCGUAUAGGAAAGGCGGCGCUCCCGGAGGCGGACGCAAAGGCAGCGGAUAUGUGCCACCGAUGAGCAAUCAGAAGAGAGCGCACAAAUCGGUGAUCUAUAGAGCGGUUCCCAUCCAUAAAGAUAAACGACAGUUCAGUCGAUAGGAGUUUUCAAAUUAUGUUUUCUCGAAAAGGGAAUCAAGUUUUUGUUUUUUGUUUGUUUUACAAAAAAUUAUUUUUAAGAUUUCAUUUAAAUAUUCAUUGAAACACAAAUACAAAAAGCGAAUAAAAACUAUAAUUUUAUUUAUGAAUUAAUAAAAAGUGCUGUGAAUUAUGUGC